UGGGGUUUACAGGGGUUUUAGGCCCAGUUUGGAAAAUAGGGUAAGAGGUGAGGGAGAGAGCAAGAGGAGCAGCGACCGGCGAGAGAGAUGGCAGGAGCGUUUUGGGGAACAAGAGUGAUGGAGAUAGUGAAGAAGCACGACUCUGGUGGUCUCGUUUGGAAGAGAAUUAAGCUCACUUCCACCCGCAAAGCCAACGCCAAGAAGCGUCUCCAUCGCGUUUGGCAGAAUGAAGCUGUUUUGAGAGCAUGCGCAGAACCACCUCCUUCGAAAGCAACGGAUGUAGCUGCUGGUGGUGGUGAGAAAGGUGUGGAACAAUCAACUUAAUGGACAAUUAAGGAAGACACUACAUGAGCCUGAAAGGAAGAAAUUGGUGACUCUUUGGGGGUUAAUGGUGCAAAAUUUUUACAAUCUGAGAUUUGAAAUUUAGUUGUAUGGUAUCAUUGACCACCUUUUUUUUUUUAUUGUUGUUUAAAGACGAUUGUUGUGAGGUGGUGGGUCAAUGGAUAUAGGCAAACCUUAAUCACAUAUCUCUUAUCAGUAGCUGUCCAUGAAAGUGAAGAAUGCUAAAGUGGUUUGGUUAUGAUGUGAGGUGAAAUAAGGUAUCCUGAUCCUUUACGUUCGA